AUGGUUCCAUCGUUGGAACGAGGAAUAAGCAUUUCGAGUUCAUUUAAUUUUGAUAGAAUGUUUGAUUCCUCUCCGGGACAAGAACAAGAACAACAACAACAACAACAACAACCUCAUCUCGUGGAACCAACAACCAUGUCGGAAAGUCAAAAUCAAGACAGCCUCAAAAGUCCGGUGGAGACUAGCCGCCCGAUGACUUCACGUUUGAUUUCCCGGAGACGGGACAAACAACAAUCCGAUACGGAGAUGAUGAAAGAUAGAUUCACAAAGUUACUUCUAGGAGAAGAUAUGUCAGGUGGUGGUAAAGGUGUAGCUUCUGCUUUGGCACUAUCAAAUGCCAUAACAAAUCUAGCCGCGUCAAUAUUUGGGGAACAGACAAAGUUGCAGCCGAUGGCACCCGAUAGGCGAGCGAGGUGGAAGAAAGAAAUCGAUUGGUUGUUGUCUGUGACUGAUCACAUUGUUGAGUUUGUUCCAUCUCAACAGAUUAGUAAGGAUGGAGUCUGCACCGAGAUUAUGGUGACAAGACAAAGAGGUGAUCUUCUCAUGAACAUCCCUGCCCUUCGCAAACUCGAUGCAAUGCUCAUUGAUACAUUGGACAAUUUUAGAGGACACAAUGAGUUUUGGUAUGUAUCAAGAGAUUCUGAAGAAGGGAAAGAAGCAAGGAAUGAUAGGACAAAGGACAAGUGGUGGCUUCCUCCGGUAAAAGUCCCUUCUGAUGGCUUAUCCGAAUCAGCCCGAAGAAUGCUUCAUAUUCAAAAAGAUUCAGUCUCACAAGUCCAAAAAGCCGCCAUGGCUAUUAAUGCACAAGUUCUUUCAGAAAUGGCUAUCCCUGAUAGCUAUAUAGAGUCUCUUCCAAAGAAUGGAAGAGUAAGCCUUGGGGAUUCGUUAUACAAGAGCAUAACAGAAGAAUGGUUUGAUCCAGAGCAGUUCUUGUCAACACUUGACUUGUCUACAGAGCACAAAGUGUUGGAUGUGAAGAACAGGAUCGAGGCCUCAAUUGUUAUAUGGAAAAGGAAACUUCAUCUAAAAGACAACAAAUCUUCUUGGGGAUCAGCUGUGAGCUUGGAGAAACGAGAGUUGUUCGAAGAGCGAGCCCAAACAAUCUUGGUCUUGCUUAAACAAAAGUUCCCUGGUCUUCCUCAAUCUUCACUCGACAUCUCCAAGAUUCAGUAUAACAAGGAUGUAGGACACGCGGUUUUGGAGAGCUACUCAAGGAUAUUAGAGAGCUUGGGGUACACGGAAAUGUCGAGAAUCGAGGAUGUACUUUACGCGGAUUCUUUAGCUCGAAAGCAAUGUACACCUGAAGAAACAUCAGAAAUGGACUCAGAGCCGGUUAGAACUUCGAACUACUCCGGAGAGGAAACAGAGAAGCUUGAACCACAAUACUCAUCAUCAAAGACGACAUUGCUAGAUUUUAUCGGUUGGAGCGACAAUAGCUCGAAAGGGCAAUCAGAGAAACCUCCAAAAUCUCCAAAACUAACACCAAAGAAGUUCUCAUAUUUAGAGAAACUCGAGAACUUGAAUGGUUUUAGAAGCCCUAAAGAUAGACAUUGAAGGUGAAUCAAAAAAGACUAAUGAACAUAUGAUACAAUUGAAGCCAUGCAUGUAUUUUAGGGCAAAAGAACAAAACAAGUAGCAGUUAAAACUACUGUCUUGUCUCCUUUCCGGAUCUGUUUCUUGGAC